AUGUCCUCCACAUCCCUCCCCAUAACGCCCCAAGCCUUCGCCGAAGCCCUAAAAUCUCUUCCACUCUCCUCCCUCUACGCCAAGGGCUCCGAACUCCGCAACUCCAUCGCCCACCUGCAGCGCUCAAACGAUGAGUUGGCACGCUAUAUGGCUGAAGAGGCACCCGAUGGCCGCGAUAAGGAUUGCGAAGACGCCAUUCGGGAGAACGAGGAGGUCGUGGUGCACAUGCGGGAGCGAAUAGAGUUGUUGAAGGUUGAGGUGGAGGGAAGGGGGCAGAUGUGGAGUGAGGAGUUGGAGAUGGAGGUGGGGAUUGCUAGUGGGGCGGAUGUAGAGCCUGUGGGGAUGGAGGCUGGGAACGAGGUGGAUGGGCAUAGUGAAGCGAGAAUGACGGCAGAGGCUCCAUCUACUGGUUCUCGGAGGAGUACCGCUGGGAAUAGCACUGAGCAGAAUAAUGACGUGGAAGGACAGGGUGGGAUAUAUCUAUGA